UUGUGGGAAUUGUAGUUCUAAACGCUGCAAGUUAGCUGUGCUAAGCUACACAUACACGCGAGUUUGCCAUGUGGCGGAUCCUGUGGGAAACGGAUGAUAGCAACUUUUAUACCUCAAGCUAGCGUUUUUGAUUGUUGUCAGUCAUCAUGUCGUUUUGUUUUAACUUCGACCUCCCAGCACAAACAACAAGCCCGGCCGACGCGGACGGAAAUGGAUUGCAAAACAGAAAGAAAGACAACAAGACUAUAUCUACUGGCAAUAAUACCAAGCCAGCAGAGCCAGUAAAAGAAGCAAAAGAGCACCAUCCGCCAUCCAGCCCACACCUCCAAGUCGUGGAUGCCGUCUUUGAAACAGUUACCGUCGGGGCUCUUCCUCCUCUGCGCUUCCUCAACGAGACCGUUUUUGAGAAGACCGCCUCUGACAGAGAGGACGGCGAGAACAUUCUUUUGCGCACGGCUGAGCAGAGGUCUGACCUCAUCUCUGGCGUGUACGAGGGAGGGCUGAAGGUGUGGGAGUGCACUUACGACCUACUGGAGCUGAUUGAGAGAGACGGAGAGACCUUCGGGGGGAAGUCGGUUUUGGAUUUGGGUUGCGGUGCAGGGCUGUUGGGAAUUUUGGCCCUGAAGAGGGGAGCCAGGCAGGUCCACUUCCAAGAUUAUAACAGCACAGUCAUUGAACAGCUCACGGUGCCAAAUGUAAUGCUAAACUGCCAAGAGGAUGAUGAAGUAGACAGUGACGAUGACAAAGAAGGGAGGGGAAAGGAAAAAACACAGCAGCAAGACGUUUCUAGAAGAAAGAAUGUGAAAGAGGAUGUUGAGGAUAGUAAUCCACCUCCUAAGAAAAGCGCUGUAGACACAUCCCAGAAACCGUUACUAACCAAGUGUCAUUUCUACUCUGGUGACUGGAGCACGUUUCUCGCUUUGGUCCUAAAAACGGAACCGCCACCCAAAUACGAUGUUAUAUUCACAUCGGAGACUAUUUACAACACUUCGUACUACCCAGUGCUACACGAAACCCUCCACAAACUGCUGGCACCGGAUGGACUGGUCUACCUCGCCACCAAAUCCCACUACUUCGGCGUGGGCGGUGGGCUACAUCUGUUUGAGAUGUUUGUGGAGCAGAGGGGAGUUUUCUAUGUGGAUCACCUGUGGGACGGGGACGAAGGACUUCAGAGACACGUAGUAGUUCUGCGUCUUAAGAAGUCAAAGGACACUUGACAGAGAACCGUCAGGGACACACAUGAUCUGUUAAAACCGAAGACCGAUUGAUGAAUUUAAUGGAGAUAAAAAUGUUCGGAUUGUAUUUUAGUGUGUUACACAGAGCUUGUGAUUCUGUGUGUUAAAGCUACACGGGUUAAAUAUGGAAAAGCUGUAAUAAAUUUAAAAAAAAAUAAAAAAUAAAGCUGCCUCAUCUCCUCUUUGCACUUUGGUUACGUAUACCCUCUUUCACUUCCUAUAUAGUAAUUUGAAUAUGUCUGCCAGUAACCGAAGUGCAGUUGAAAGAGGCUGUUACAGGUCUUUAGAUGCAUGGGGAGGAAAGAAAGGAAAUGGGCUCAGUGACCUUUGCGAGUGAUUUCCCCAGUGUUCAAACACCAGCAUGAAAGCCAGGCUUGUUUCUGAAGUCCAGCACAAAAUGUCAAUUGCAACUUAUCCCACCAGCCCAAGGAUGUAGUUUGAAAGUGGAUUCUAGAGUCACUGCACAUCAAUGGUGGGACUCUGUGGGGUCUCUGUACCUGUUCAUUUGACUAAAAUUCACAGCAGAGCCUGGGUCUGCUCCAUUGCGAAACCUAAAAGUCAGGGCAUAUUUUAUGACUGUAUACAUCCUGGAAAUAUCGACACGAGUGUCCAAGUUCAACAGGGGAACUAUGCUGUAUUUUUCCCCAACACAAUGUGGAAACCCCUUUUCAUCCAGAUCAAGGAAAUCCUUUGAAUUAAACUACCAGGGGUAGUUUUCUGGGGAAGUGUGUAUCCAGUCCAGACUAGUUUCUUGUGUUUGAAAAAAAAAAAAGAAAAGAAAAGAAAAAGGAUGAGGAAAUCAGAGGGUUUUUUCAGGGCCGUGGGACAAUGAAACCGUCAGUGGCUUGUUUAAAAACUGGUUUCUCCCUCACUCUGGUCUAUCUGACUAAACGCAAUCAGUGUCACGUCCCUGUCAUGUUUCAUUAUGACCUAAAGGCAAACAGAGAUAUAUCAGAAAGGCUU